CAUACAUUGGGUGGUGAAAAGUCGUGUGAGAUUAUCACAUUAUUUUCUUUUUUUAACUAUUAAACAAUUUUAAGUUUAAUAUCUUUAAAAUUUCACAUCCGAUUUCACAAAGUAAUAUUAAUCUAAAUAAUAUUAAACAAAAAAUAUUAAUCUAAAAAACUGAAUAAAUUGUAUAAUUGAAAAUGGCUCAAAGUAAGUUAAAUGACCUGGCCGGAAAAUUUGGAAAGGGAGGUCCACCAGGUCUAGCUACCGGAUUAAAGUUUCUUGCUGCUGCAGGAGCUGCAGCAUAUGGUAUUUCACAAUCUUUAUAUACAGUUGAAGGUGGUCAUCGUGCUAUAAUAUUUAAUCGAAUUGGUGGUGUUCAAGAUGAUAUCUAUUCAGAAGGGUUACAUUUCCGUAUUCCAUGGUUUCAAUAUCCAAUAAUAUAUGAUAUUCGUUCCCGACCAAGAAAAAUGUCUUCACCAUCCGGUUCUAAAGAUUUGCAAAUGGUAAAUAUAUCUUUGCGUGUACUCUCACGUCCAGAUUCCAUAAAACUCCCACAAAUGUAUCGUCAAUUGGGCUUAGAUUAUGAUGAAAAAGUUUUACCAUCAAUUUGCAAUGAGGUAUUAAAAAGUGUCGUAGCGAAAUUCAAUGCAUCGCAGUUAAUUACACAACGUCAACAGGUUUCCUUAUUGAUUCGCCGUGAACUUGUUGAACGUGCACGCGACUUUAAUAUAAUUUUGGAUGAUGUUUCUCUCGUAGAAUUAAGUUUUGGCAAAGAGUAUACUGCUGCAGUUGAAGCUAAACAAGUUGCUCAACAAGAAGCUCAACGUGCGGUAUUCUUUGUAGAACGUGCUAAACAAGAAAAACAACAUAAAAUUGUUCAAGCUGAGGGUGAAGCUGAAGCAGCAAAAAUGUUAGGUAUUGCUGUGAGCCAAAAUCCUGCUUAUCUUAAAUUGAGGAAAAUUCGUGCAGCUCAAAGUAUAGCUAGAACGAUCGCAAAUUCCCAAAAUAAGGUGUUCCUAUCAACCAAUAGCUUGAUGUUGAAUAUUCAAGAUGAAAAUUACGAUGAUAUGACUGAAAAAGUAGUUAAAAGUGAUGGCGGUUUUUUCACCAAUAAUACUCAUUCUGUUAGGCUUUCACGGCCGAAAAGAACAAUAAAAGAAUCAUCAGAAAAUCACAUAAGUUCAAUUGCAACAGAAAUGGCUAAAAAGCUUGUAUAGAAAUCAAAAACUUUUUAUUUAUUUUAAUAACCAUAUACAAUGAAUGAAUUUUGAAAGUUUUUUAAAAAAAAAUUUUACAUAUUGGACAGAAACAACAUUGUUUUCCGAAUAGAAGCUUAAAAAAUGUUAAGAAGAAGAAGAAGAACAAGCACAAAAAUAGUUAUUUAUAGUUUUAUACAAUAUACAAACACUGUAUCGCAUUUUUUUUUUACUAAAAUUUUUUUUUUUUUUUGA